AUGCGUGCAACAAUCCUCACGAUCGCCGCAAUGGCUAUGGUCUCAAGUGCCCACCCCGUCAAACGCCAGUCGUCGAGCAGCUGGAACACAGGAUCCGGACAAGGCUUUCAGGGCGGCAACACUGUCCAAGGAGCUACUGGCGCCCAGGGCCAAGGCAACGUCCCAGCUGGCCUUCAACCAGGAGCAGUCAACACCGGAGCCACUGGCGGAGCUGGUGGUAAUGCUGUCAUUGGAGGCGGCGCCAGCCUCAAUGGUGGAGUAGGAGAGGGUGUCGGCGUUGGUGUGUCGCUUGGCGGUGGCGCUGGUCUCCAGGGAGGCGCUGGUGCGAACUUGGGUGGCAGUGGUGGAGUGGGCGGAGGAGCUGGUGGAGGAGCUGGCGAACAGGGAGGAUGGGGCCGUUAA